UCCGGUCCAGAUUCUGCUCAUUAAGCCCUCAAAAUUUCAAUCGAUUUUCCCGCCUUUUUUCACUAAAAAAAGAGGAUAGGGGGAAAUUCUUUUCCCUUCGUAUCAUUGCUAGGGCUUCUCAGGAGAUAAAUCGAGCUCGCCAACGCAAAAAGGUACGUCCUUUACAGCAAAUUUCACCUCAGCUGAUACGGGAAUAAAUGGCUCAAGCUGCGAGGCUGAACCUGAGGAUGCAGAAGGAGCUCAAGCUCUUAAUUACUGAUCCACCUCCUGGAGUCUCUAUUCCCAUGCUCUCUGAAAGCGAAAACCCUUCGUCUUCCUCCUUGUCAAACAUCGAGGCCAGAAUUGAAGGACCAGAAGGAACUGUCUAUGCCAAAGGAGUCUUCACCCUUAAGAUUCAGAUACCUGAAAGAUACCCUUUUCAGCCGCCGAAUGUGACUUUUAUUACACCCAUCUAUCAUCCCAACAUCGAUAAUGGAGGUCGUAUCUGUCUUGAUAUUCUCAACUUGCCACCAAAGGGAGCAUGGCAACCAUCACUAAACAUAUCCACAGUUUUAACGAGCAUCGGUUUGUUGCUGAGUGAACCCAACCCAGAUGAUGGACUCAUGGCUGAAACUAGCAGGGAAUAUAAAUAUAACAGGCAAGCUUUUGACCAGAAAGCUCGUUCUUGGACUGAGAAAUAUGCUACUGCUGAGGACACUGGAAAGAUCAACAACUGUAGCUUUUCAACUAUAGAUCCCAUCAUGGAUCGAGGAACGGAGACCAAGAGAACAGAAGUUUCUUCAGGAAAUUCUAUCAAUGAGACUGAGGGGAGUAGGAAGAAGCUUCGCCUAACUGGUGCAAAGCUGUCGUUAAAAUCGAAGACACAAUCUGAAGAGACUAGAAAUGAUAAGGAGAAUGUGCCACCUAGCAGAAAGCUAUCUAUAUCACUCUCUCAAAAGCCUCUUAUUGCGGAUUCAUCUACUUUGAUUUCUGAGAAGAGCAAAACCUACGGUGAACAACCAUCUUCUAUAAAGGAGAAUGAAGAUUCGACAAGGAACUGCAAGCAUGUGGAGGAAAAGGCAAAGGGAACAGAAUAUAUAAUCGUUUCAGAUAGUGAAGAAAGCGAUGAAGGUGAGAGACCUUUCAGGUCAAGGUUGUCUCUCAUGAGAAAGCCAACGGUGAAAAGUCUGCACAAACCGUGAAAGAAAAACUGUAGCUAAAGCGCAAUCUCCUUAUUGCAUGAAUUUACAUAUGUAAUUUGAAUAUGCAGCUCUUAACUGGACAACAAAUCUGCAUUUUACGGGGCUUUUCUCCUGAAAACGUUUAUGACCUCUGAUGAUAUUUUCCGGCUAGGCUGGAGUGCCAUGAUUUGAUGGUGUUUGAAUUCAUUCUUUGUUAUUC